CUCUUGCUGUAGUUGUUGGAUGUCUUUAGGAUACAAUAAAUCUUUAUUCAUUAGAAGCGCCUGACAUCUCGUUUACAGCAAUGGAUACCCAACAUCAGAUUCCCAUCUCCUUAUCUCCCUAAAGGACUCAAUCACGAGUGCCAAAAAGGACAAGGCUCUACUUCUGUGGUGACUGCAGACCUGUUAUCCUCCUCUAUCUCCAUCACCUUCUAAUCAUGGAUGAUACAGCUCCACGUGACUCAUCCCUCAUUAAGGGAGCCAGAGACAUUGCUAAGGUUGCCAAACGACAAGCUGUUAAGAAGGUCAGCAAAGUUGUUGACCGUGCCUCAGAUGAGUACUCCCACAGUCGUGCUUACCACCGCUUCCAGGACGAAGAUGACACCUACUACAGCCAACCGGAUGGGAACUACACAGGCGAUCAUGCCAACGAUAAAGAGAGCUCCAGUGAUGCCACAGAGGGUCAUGAUGAUGAGGAUGAGAUAUAUGAAGGGGAGUACCAGGGGAUCCCCUCAGAUGCAAUGCCCAGGGAUGGGCAGGUGGCUCUGGGGAAAUCUUUGGCAGACGGUCUGAAGGGCCAGCGAGAACUGGAGAGUGAGAGGCAGGCGGAUGAGGAGGAGCUGGCCCAGCAGUAUGAGUUGAUCAUACAGGAGUGUGGACAUGGGAGGUUUCAGUGGCAGCUGUUCUUCACACUGGGGUUUGCGCUCAUGUCGGAUGGUGUGGAGGUGUUCCUGGUGGGCUUUGUUCUGCCUAGUGCAGAGACAGAUAUGUGUGUUCCUGACUCAAGCUCUGGUUGGCUAGGCAGCACUGUGUACCUGGGGAUGAUGGUAGGGGCCUUCUUCUGGGGGGGCAUGGCUGACAAGGUGGGAAGACGGCAGUGUCUGCUCAUAUGCAUGUCCAUGAAUGGCUUCUUCGCCUUUCUGUCAUCCUUUGUGCAGGGCUAUGGCUUCUUCCUGCUCUGUCGUAUGAUAGCUGGAUUCGGAAUUGGUGGAGCAGUUCCCAUCGUCUUCUCAUACUUUGCUGAGGUGUUGUCAAGAGAAAAGCGUGGAGAGCAUCUGAGUUGGCUUUGCAUGUUCUGGAUGAUUGGAGAGAUCUAUGCCUCAGCCAUGGCCUGGGCCAUCAUACCUCACUACGGCUGGAGUUUCAGUAUGGGUUCAGCUUAUCAGUUUCACAGCUGGAGGGUGUUUGUGGUGGUGUGUGCUUUCCCAUGUGUCUGUGCUGUGGUCGCUUUAACCUUCAUGCCAGAGAGCCCCAGGUUCUACUUGGAGGUGGGAAAGCACGACGAGGCCUGGAUGAUCCUCAAGCACAUUCAUGACACAAACAUGCAAGCCCGUGGACAGCCCGAGAAAAUCUUCACCGUGAACAGAAUUAAGAUUCCAAAACAGAUUGAUGAGCUUGUAGAGAUGCAGACCGAUGGCAACUUUUUCUCUAAAGUGAUCUUCAGAGUAAAGACUGAACUUCACGGGAUUUGGUUAAACUUCUUGAAGUGUUUUAAUUAUCCAGUGAAAGACAGUACAGUGAAGCUAGCGAUUGUGUGGUUUACACUGUCGUUUGGGUAUUAUGGUUUAUCUGUGUGGUUCCCUGAUGUCAUCAAACACCUUCAAGCCAAUGAAUAUGCCUCCAAAGUACAAAGGCAUUCCAACGAAUGUAUUGAAGACUUCACCUUCAAUUUCACCCUAGAAAACCAGAUACACACUAAUGGCUUAUUUGUCAAUGACAGGUUUAUUAGUAUGAAAUUCAAGUCAGUCACUUUCAUCAAUUCCACCUUUCAAAGCUGCUUUUUUGACGAUGUGACCUCAGUGGGAUCAUUCUUUCGAAACUGCACAUUCAUUCAGGCUGUCUUCUAUAACACUGAUAUUGAUGAUUCCAAACUUCUAAACACGGACAUUGUAAACAGCACAUUUUACCACAACAAAACAGGCUGUCAAAUGACAUUUGAGGAUGAUUAUAGUGCUUACUGGGUCUACUUUGUCAAUUUCUUGGGAACAUUGGCUGUACUUCCUGGCAACAUUGUAUCUGCUCUUCUCAUGGACAAAAUUGGCCGCUUGUCUAUGUUAGGAUUUUCCAUGAUCCUAUCUGGUAUCAGCUGCUUCUUCCUGUGGUUUGGCACCAGUGAGUCUAUGAUGAUUGGGAUGCUGUGCCUGUACAAUGGACUGAGUAUCUCCGCCUGGAACUCCCUGGACAUUGUGACAGUUGAGCUUUACCCUACAGACAGAAGAGGCACUGGAUUUGGCUUCUGUAAUGCAUUGUGCAAACUAGCUGCAGUGAUGGGCAAUCUGAUUUUUGGCUCUUUAGUGGGCAUCACCAAAGCCAUUCCUAUUCUUCUGGCAUCAUCAGUGCUCGUCGGAGGUGGUUUGGUGGGAUUGCGAUUACCUGACACCAGGUCCAAUGUCCUCAUGUAACCCUUGUGUCAGAGGUAUGGAGACAUUCAGAAGGCUUGAAUUAACCCUCAUUUUUCAUUACAGUGCAUUGUGCACUUCUUUAGACAAAUUAUUUUACUUUUUUGUGAUGUUUCUACUGGACAAAUAUAGGAAACAGUGGUUUAGUUACAGUAUAGAAAUUAUUCACAGCAGCGACAUAUUAGAUGUUUUGACAGAAUGACAAUGAGGCUGUGAGGGAUAGAGGUACAGUCUCUUCCAUGGGUUGUACAGUUGUUUAAAGUGUUUUUGGAUCGUUCCGCUAACUUAACAUUGAAAAAAUCUCUUUCCAAGGAAUUUCAGUAGACAAAAAACUCCAGACAACAAGAGUUGUGGAAAAUUAGAUCUAGGAUCUUUUUAAUAGCUUUAUACAGUGCAUGUCCUUGAAGAGACAGUAAGUAUAUCCCUCACUGCCUCAUUUUCAUUCACGACAAAAUUCAUUGAUGCUGCUGAAUAGCUGGUCCCACAGGCAGUUGUGUUCAUUACAAGAUAAUUCCUUUAUUAAGCACUACCGAAUCUACAUUUUCUGUAAAAAAUCUCUCCCAUGAUAAAAUGUCUUGAUAAUCUAAUCUGUCAUUUUUUCUCUGCAAUCAUUUUAACACUAUUCUACAAAUGACCCUUGGCUUUCCUGGGUGGCUUUUUAAGGGUUUGUAGCAGCCUACACAUGGAAAUGAACUUAAAUAUUUAUGUCCCCUUAUUAAGACUUGUGCAAAACAAGCUAUUAAUGAGCAGUCCAAGCUUGCUGUAAAUAUGCAGAGAACCUGGAUGAUCAGAAAAAACCUGCUGCACAGCUGUAUCACAGCUGGUUGACUGAACCCAGAGAAUUACAUGCAGAGAUGAGAGAAUAGCUAGAGCAAUAGAAAAGUAGGACUAAAAAAGUGUCUACUGAUAAACAGCUCUCCCAAUGAACAAGCUUCUACUGCUAGUGCCUAGCUUUGGGAAUUGGCAGUAUAGUAUAUUCUAAUAUCAUUGAUCAGCCACAUAGGUAAUCAAAUGUAAUACAUGAUCUAUUUUAGUAAGUUUUGCUAGUGAAUUAAUUGAAUUGGUUAUUAUGUUUAAUACCCAUAAAGUUGCAACUAAUAUACAUUUUGCAUUUCAGGCAUUUAUUUAUUCCAGUACUUUUAUUACCAAACCUUUUGGACAUGUACUCCAGCCUCUGAUGAAAUGGCGUCAACUGUGCGAUGUUGUCAUGCUAACUCUAUAGAUGUACUUUAAGCCAGAUUUACAAAAGUAGGUUUAUUGCAUUUCCUGUCUUUUUGCUCUUUAGAUGAUCGUAUUGAGUUAUCCAUACUUUAUGCAGAUUUUAAGCAUAAAUUAUGUUGUUUUGCCACUUAGUCAUGGUUAUUUGUGAUGUUAAGUUGUCUAACAGUGAAUGGCCUUUUGAAGCUGUGCCUCUCCUACAUUAGACUAUUAUCACAAAUGAACUGAAGAAGCAGAUAACAUUACCUUGAGGUGACGCAAAGAGUGUGUGUCCCACGGUCACUCAAGCAAAACCUCUUCAAUAUUUUUAAUAUGACGUUGACAGAAAGAUUGGAUGCUACUGUGCUGGAAAGCCUCUUUUAUGUACAAUGUCAAAGACUUAACUUUUUGACAUGACAGAGCAGCCAGGUUUGCAGGUGCAGAUGGAAUUAUGAGGGCCCGCCUCAACAUAUGGGGUCUACAAUCUGUAGAGAGGACAAGAGAGAUGUGUUUGAUAAUCACACAACACGUGAUUCAUUUACAAGUGUAAUUUCCAAGCAUGGGCAGGACACUGAGUUCAUUAACAGUCAGGAAUUUGUAAUGUGGUUGCUUAUUUGUUCAUAAAGAAUUACAUAUAUUUGGGUUAUAUUUAGAUUUUAAUUAAGGUACCAGAACAGACUUUGGAAAAACAGGUACAUAAGCCAGAGCAGUAAAAGAUAUUUUUAUACAGAUACAGAAUGUCAGUUAUAGCAUAUACGUUUUGUUUAAUGCUUUAUAUCUAGAUUCUUUACUUAAUAAUUUGGUGUUGAAGGUCAGUUUACAGUCCAAUAUAUAUUUACAGUAUAUUUAAUAAUAUGUAACUUACCCCUGAAGUGAAAAGUAUUACUUAAUGUUGACAGUACUUACAAGACUCAGCAGUUAGUAGUAAUACAGAAUUAAUUUAGCUCUAAGAAAAAUAUGUCUAGCUUUUAAUAUGUUUUGAUUAGUGGCUUAAUGCUGUCUCCGUCUCAGCAAAGCAGUUUCCUGAAAACAUUAUUUAUAAAUGAGAUUAUGUUAUCAUUUACAGAAAUGACUGUUGCUGUACUGUAUUUAAUGUAAUCCUGUCUUCGUACGAAGACUUUUUCUUUAAUUUGUUUACAUAUUGUAGUGUUAACAUGCUGUCUGAAAUGAUGUGUGUCUGCUUUUGUGAACAGUACAUACAGUAUUUCUAAAUACAUGUGUAUGAGUAAAAAUUGUGUCCUUGUCUGUGUACAUUUUGUACAUAGGGUUACUGUGACUGAUAUACAAACUGUGUAUACAUUUUUGGGGACAGCAAUGGAUGCAGCAUUAGUGUAUAAACACUGUUGAAACCGUUCCCUAUUAAUUUGUCAUUGCAGCAUUAUCCCCACGUACCAAGAGCCGGCUGUCCUAAAAGAUACCACUAAACAAAAUUGCAUGUACUUAACUUUUUAGGUCUGUGUGCUCAGCUCUGAGUUCUUGUGCUUCCCAUUACUGAUGAACAAACAGAAGAAGUGGAGUAAAUAUGAGAAUGUAGCACUGUUGUAUGUUUUAUUGCAACAAAAUACAGAAGAAGCAGCUGUAAUAUUUUGUGAAGGUAAUAAAGAUGUGUUGAAAAGUGUA